ACGUGUAUCCGCCCGAAAGUGCGAGUAUCGCCCCCUAUAAGAAGCGAGGACUGCCACACGCCAUUGUGUGAAUCUGUUACAUUUAAGUGUUUUUGGUUUCGUUUUACCAAAGCCACUGUACAUUUUUUGAACCUUGUUUUUAUUGUAAACGUAUUUUAUUUGAAAGUAAGGACAUGGCAACCGAUUCCUGGGCCCAGGCUGUUGACGAACAAGAAGCCGCAGCGGAAUCGAUAGGCAACCUGCAAAUAAAUGAGAAGGAAGAUCAGCCAAAAGCAGAGGCAAAUGGGGCAAAGACAGAAGGAAAUGAAGAGAAGACUGAUGAUAAUGAUAAAGAGGACAAGGCAGCACAGUCACUGUUGAAUAAACUUAUACGCAGCAAUCUAGUGAAUACGACGAAUCAAGUGGAAGUCCUUCAGAGGGAUCCAAAUUCUCCUCUCUACUCAGUCAAGUCGUUUGAAGAGCUACGAUUGAAACCUCCGCUACUACAAGGAGUGUAUGCCAUGGGAUUCAACAGGCCCUCUAAAAUCCAGGAGACGGCCUUGCCCAUGAUGCUUGCAGAACCCCCACAGAAUCUCAUCGCCCAGUCUCAGUCAGGCACGGGUAAAACCGCUGCCUUUGUCCUGGCAAUGUUAAGUCAUGUGGACCCUGACAAAAAAUGGCCUCAGUGUCUGUGUGUGUCCCCAACGUAUGAGCUGGCCCUACAGACAGGCAAAGUCAUUGAGCAAAUGGGGAAAUUUUACCCUGAAGUCCAACUUAUGUAUGCUAUCCGAGGAAACAAACUGGAGCGGGGAAUUAAGCUGAAAGAACAGAUUGUGAUUGGCACUCCUGGUACUGUUCUGGAUUGGUGUCAAAAGCUUAGGUUUAUUGACCCCAAGGAGAUCAAAGUGUUCGUCCUGGAUGAGGCUGACGUCAUGAUCGCCACGCAGGGUCAUCAAGACCAGAGCAUACGCAUCCAGAGGAUGCUUCCUAAAACUUGCCAGAUGCUCCUGUUCUCAGCCACAUUUGAGGACACAGUGUGGAACUUUGCCAAGAGGAUUGUUCCAGACCCUAACAUCAUUAAACUUAAGCGAGAGGAGGAGACUCUGGACACCAUUAAGCAGUACUAUGUCAUAUGUAACAGCAAGGAAGAGAAGUUCCAGGCUUUGUGCAACAUCUAUGGAGCCAUUACUAUCGCACAGGCCAUGAUCUUCUGCCAUACCAGGAAAACUGCUGGGUGGCUGGCAGGAGAGCUUUCAAAAGAGGGCCACCAGGUGGCUCUACUGAGUGGAGAGAUGCAGGUGGAACAGAGGGCAGCAGUCAUCGAACGUUUCCGUAAUGGCAAGGAAAAAGUCCUUGUUACUACUAACGUCUGUGCCAGAGGGAUUGACGUGGAGCAAGUUUCUGUGGUUAUCAACUUUGAUCUGCCAGUGGACAAGGAUGGCAACCCUGACAACGAGACAUAUUUGCAUAGAAUCGGACGUACUGGACGAUUUGGAAAGAGGGGGUUGGCAAUCAACAUGGUGGACAGCAGGCUUAGUAUGAACAUCCUUAAUCGCAUCCAGGAGCACUUCAAUAAGAAAAUUGAGAAGCUGGACACGGAUGAUUUGGAUGAAAUUGAGAAAAUCGCCAACUAAGUAGCUGUCUUUUGUUCUUUUAAUGAAACUGUGCGCUGUGUAAAAUUUUAAUUCAGAGGCUGAAAGCAGAGCUGUGCCAGAAAAGAUGUUUACAUCUAAAGUAGUUUGAUCUCAGAUGGUCUUUUUAUAGAUUUUGUUUAAAUACAUUUCACUCUUUGUACUUAAUAAAUUUUGAAUGUGUAGUUUUAACAUCAUGUGUACAUGAAUGCUACGAAGAUUUUAUAUAAUGCAAAUAUUACCAGAUUUUAAGCAUGUCACAUGAGGAAUAUGCCUUUUAAAUAUCAAAUUUCAACUUGCACCUUUUAAAUUGAUCAGAGAAAGCAGUCUGCCUUCACACUAAGUGUGAAAAAAUUACAUAUUGACUUAUGUUGAUUUCCAUCAUGUGACUCUUAACCUAGAAUACCUUGAUAUAUUGAAGAUAAUUUUAUUUUAAUUGCUGAUGGCAUUUUUGUGGAACUAGAAAAUUAUCCUCCAAAUUGUGUUUGGUUCGUAGACUACUCUUCACUCUAACCUGUAGAUCUGCAAGCAAAAAUUUAUAAUUUUGGUCGUCUUUUUUUUGUGUGUUGUAUGAAAUAUGGGUGCUGCUACAUUUGCUAUGAAUUGGGAGUGCUGGCUGAUCGCAAAUAUAGCUGUUAUUGGCUUUGAAUUAUCAUAAAUAGUUGCCAAAAAUCCUUAAUUGUAUAAAAUCAAGUAAAGCCAAAGAUUUGUGCUUCAAUUGGUUUUACCAGUACUCGAUUUGAUAUUAAAUGACACAAACCUGUGUAUUCAUCAAUGUGUGUGAAAAUAAAAUAAAAAAAAUAAAUGUGCAUAUUUAUUAAGUACAAAGAGUAAAAUGGUUUCUAUAUACAACAGAUGCAGUUUAAAGAAUGGCAUUCAUUAUAAGAGUGCUCUGUAGUGCAAGCAUUAUCUGAAUCCCAGUAAUAGACUGUUUUGUAAUUAAAUUUUCAGGUUCAAGUACACAAAUGCAACUGAAUUUUUAACUGUGGAAGGCUGUGCAACAUACUCUUUAGCAGCCACCUUAAAAAUGUAAAAGGCUUGUGCUUGUGAAUGCAUCUUACUGGAUUCUUCAGGGUAGUCAUAGCAAAUUAUUAUUUUAUAUUGUGGGAAAUUCUAAUUUAAUCACUUGAAACGCAGUUGGCAUUUUAUAUGCAUACACAUAUUUUAUUGUUACAGCCUGGCUCAUGUAUGUAACAAGAAACGGUGACCAAACCAAGAGUAGAUUAGUGGGAAAAGGUAGUUCAUUAUGUUAAUCUAGGCCUAGGGUGAUACAGUUUAGAAGGUAUGAAAUGAGGUAUAACUUCCAAGACACCAUAUCGACAGAUGACAGAUCAGUCAUGUCAGCGAGGUUGAGUGGUGGUGCCUCAAACAGUCAAUGAAUGGAGACUUUAAUAGGCAAGACACUGUCUGGGCCAGGUGUUCCCACUAUCCUUGCUACCUCCUGACAUGACAGAGGAAAGUAAAACAGGGAGGACUGUGACAUUAUUCAUUGACAACGUGCAUUGUCGCAAUGGUUAAGAUCAAGUGUCAGUCGCAUCUUUGAAGGGAAAUUAUUAUUGUAAAAGAGAAUUACUGGUUUGACAAAAUUAAAUUCUUGAUGCCUUGUCCAUUUGUCAGUAUGUGAAUCAUACUUGACCUGUUACCUGGUAUUAAACAGUUUAUUUUUCUAGAUUUUUAUUCAAAAUUAAAUGUGAAAACUAUGAUUUAAAAAAAGGACUAACACUUGAUCAAGUGUUGCUCAGUCAGCUAAUAAAAGACUUGGGCUAUUAUCAAACUGAAGCAAAAAAAAUGUUUUUUUUGUUUUUGUUUUUAUAUAUAUAAUUUCAUUGAAACACUCAGUGCUUAAAGGGAUAGGUCACCCAAAAAUGAACAUUUCUUCUGUAGAAGACAAAUGAAGAUUUUAUAAGAAUAUCUCAGCUCUGUAGGUCCAUACAAUGCAAGUGAAUGGUGGCCUGAAGUUCCAAAAAGCAUAUAAAGGCAACAUAAAUGUAAUCUACAUGACUCUAGUGGUUAAAUUAAUAUCUUCAGAAGCUAAAUGAUAGGUGUGUGUGAGAAAUGGAUCAAUAUUUAAAUCCUCUUUUACUAUAAAUUCUCCUCCCUGUCCAAUAGGUGGUGAUAUGUACAAAGAAUGUGAAUCACCAAAAACAAAAGAAGAAGAAAGUAAAAGUGGAGAUUAAAGUAAAAAAGGACUUAAAUAUGACCACCAUUCACUUGCAUUGUAUGGACCUAUAGAGCUGUGAUAUUCUUCUAAAAAUAUUUGUGUUCAAAGUAAGUCAUACACAUCUAGAAUGGCAUGAGGGUGAGUAAAUAAUUAGAGAAUUUUCAUUUUUGGGUCAACUGUUCAUUUAAGGACAAUACUGUUCAUCGAAGAGGUUUCUACUUCUAAACCACUAGUCAUGAGAUGUGUGUUAUGUAUUCACCUUUAGCAAUAUUAAUUUAGCCUCAACCAUCUAAUUUUGUCAUUACAUAAUUUUAUUAAUUUUUUUUGUCUGUGAUGGUGCACUUACAGUUGAAUAAAUUAAGAAAGUAAAGCUUAAAUCAUGAUCAUAUUUUCCCUAUUUCACCUCAAUGGAAUGUAUGUACAAAAAGUAUGUAUCUCUUUCUAAGUGAUGUGUUAUGACACAGCCCUUUUAGAGUGUGGGUCAGCAGCUGUCUGGAUGUUACAGGAUUUGGAAUGCUUGCAGUAAAUAUUGAUAUCACUUACAUAAAAACUGUUUGCUGCAUUUGUGGUUAAUGUCUGAAUGAUGUUGAGUGGUAGAAUAAAGUAUAUUUGAA